UUCUUCAUCAAAUUCAUCCUUAAGAAACUCAAACCCUCACAGUCACAGAAGCACAAGAGACUCCCUCCAUCUCCACCAAAGCUCCCAAUAUUGGGUCACCUUCACCAUCUCCUCCAAACCGACAUGCCCCACCAUACCCUAUCCCAUCUAGCCACCCAACUCGGUCCCAUCAUCUACCUCCAACUCGGUGGAAUCCCUACCCUCGUGAUCUCCUCCGCUCAACUCGCUCGUCAAGUCCUAAAAACCCACGACCACGCCUUCGCCAGUCGACCCCAACUCAUCGCAGCUCAGUUCCUCUCCUUCGGUUGCUCCGACAUUACCUUCUCUCGCUACGGCCCUUACUGGCGCCAAACCCGUAAGAUCUGCGUCACCCACUUACUCAGCACGAAACGAGUCAACUCGUUCCAACUCAUCCGAGACGAGGAAGUGAAUCGGUUGCUGAGGUCCAUUUCUUCCGAGUCCGAAACCGAUAUGAGCGAGAGGUUGUUGGCUUUGUCUAACAAUGUAUUGUGUCGGGUCGCGUUCGGUAGAAGGUUUUUGGGAGAAAACCAUCGACUACCGGAAAUUCUGACAGAGACGCAAGCGUUGUUGGCUGGGUUUAGUUUGGGAGAUUUCUUCCCAGGUAUGGAAUGGCUGUGGCUUAACAAGUGGUGUGGGCUGAGGAGAAGAUUGGAGAAUAACUUGAGAGAUUUGAGAAGGGUUUGUGAUGAGAUUAUUGGAGAACAUGAAAUGAAGAAGAUGGGGAAGGAGGGUGAUGAGGCUUCUUCUGGUGAAGAGGAGGAUUUUGUCGAUGUUCUGCUAAGGGUGCAAGGAGGUGGAGACCUUGAAGUUCCCAUUACUGAUGAUAAUCUUAAAGCACUGGUUCUGGACAUGUUUGUUGCUGGGACUGAUACAACCGCAGCCACACUAGAAUGGACCAUGACGGAACUGGCUAGACACCCAGAAGUGAUGGAGAAAGCCCAAUUAGAAGUGAGAAAGGUAGCCAGAAGCGAUGGAACAGUACAAGAACACCAUCUCCAUCAACUUCAUUACCUUAAAGCAGUGAUAAAAGAGACAUUAAGGUUACACCAUCCAGUCCCACUCUUGGUUCCUCGAGAAUCCAUUGAGAAAUGCACCCUCGACGACGAUGGUAUCUACGAGAUACCAGCAAAAACUCGAGUUUUGAUCAAUGCCUAUGCGAUCGGACGUGAUCCUCAGUAUUGGGAUAACCCUCUGGAUUACAACCCUGAGAGGUUCAUCACCGAUACUAACAUCGAUGUGAAGGAUCAAGACUUCCGGUUGUUACCAUUUGGAGGAGGGAGGAGGGGUUGCCCUGGCUAUUCCUUUGCCUUGGCUACCAUAGAGAUUGCACUGGCCAGGCUUCUGUAUCAUUUUGAUUGGGCCCUGCCACUGGGUGUCACAGCUGAUGAUGUUGACCUUACUGAGAUUUUUGGGUUAGCCACCAGAAAGAAGGUUGCCCUGGUUCUUCUCCCUAUCAGCAAUAAGGAUUAUGAGUUCAAGGGAAACUAUGGUUGUUAGUUACCUUUUCAUGGUACAAUCUUGUUGUGGCAGUACUUUGUAUCAUUUAGAGUUCUUUAUGUAGGCUCCUUCUAUCAUCAAGGUGGUUCUAGUCUGUUAUCCUCUGCUUGCUUUUCAGUAGUAAGAACAGUAUCAACAGCUAAGAUGUAAUUGAUGAGCUUAAUAAACAUAAUCUGUUAAAAAGUAAGGAAAAGUCUUCAUUUACUUUUAAUCAAAGCAUUACAACUUUUCUAGUACUCUAGCAAAUCCUUAAUUAUUGGAUAGAAGAUUAACAAUGUAUGAUCACCAUUUUUGCAUAUCAAGAAACUCUACUUUUCUUCAUCAUAUACAGAAAAAUCUACAAUUUUGUUUGAUCAACUCUGAUUUGUGAACAAAACCUUGUGCUACCAAGUUAUG